AUGUCGGAAGAUGAUGAUCAAAUUAAGAGGACUAGUAGUAAUGAUGAUGGUGAGUAUUACUACCGUAGCAGCAGCUGCAACAUAUCAUCAUGCGAGAUCGAGGAGGAUGAUGAGGAGGAGGUUGGUUCAAGUUCAAGUUCAAGCAGCAGAUCAUCAUCAAGAAGAUCAACCCAGGCCGAUGAUAUCCCAAGGGAGAUCAAAGAGCUUUUUGGGAACAAACGAUAUCCGCCCAUGCCAUCCAUCAAGGAAGAUUAUAUAGAUAAUCAUCAUGAUCAUAGAAGCAGCAACAGCGUUUAUGUGGCAGUCGGUAAAAGCGAGUCAAGCAUGGAGGCGCUGACCUGGACAUUAAAGCACGCUGCUGACCCCUCAUCCACCACCGUCUAUCUCAUUCAUGUUUUCCCGGAGACCCACUUCAUUCCAAGUCCAUUGGGAAAGCUUCCAAAGAGUCAAGUGAGUUCACAACAGGUGGAAACUCACAUAGCCCAAGAAACAGGCAAGAGGAGAGAGCUCCUUCACAAGUUCCUUGACAAAUGCUCUGCUGCAAAUGUUAAGGUUGACACUAUGCUGAUUGAAAGUGAUAUGAUUGCACGGGCUAUUCUAGACCUUAUCCCUAUUCUCAACAUAACAACGCUAGUACUUGGAACUACCAAAUCCAAUCUAAGGAAAUUGAUGUCUGGGAAAGGAAGCGGGAUAGCUGCUCAGAUACUUCAAGCUGCACCGGAUGGCUGUGAGAUCAAGAUCAUCUGCCAAGGGAACCAAGUCAUGAUGGACCAGGCGAUUCACUCCCUUUCCCCACGUCUCAACGAUGAUCCCACUACGACCAAGUCUAUGCAACACCGACAACCGAGCAAUAAUAAUGAAGCCUUUUCAUGCAUCUGCUUUAAACCCAAGUUCUCUUCCUCCUCCUAA